CCCCCCCCCCGCCCCCAAAGCGAGCCUCGGAUCCUUGGGCGACGGUGACCCCACUUGACCGCUGUCGCCCCCGCCCCCUCGGGAAGCUCUCAUGGUUAAGUCGCCCCUUGUCGCGGCACCGAACACCGAUGAGCGUUUUCUCCCUACGGUUUCUCAGACCAUGCUUGGGCCCGUCCUUUUUUAAAACCAAAGCGGUUUCUAAUAGUUGACCUGCAGUUCGGGGCGUGAGAGUCCUGGCCGCUGAACGUCAGCCGUCUGAAGGACCCAGUGCUGCCUGAGAAAUCCAAUCAGGAUUAAUCCAAUCCUGAGAAACUGCAUCUGAAAAAAACCCUGCCUAUGUAUGUCUGCAAUAUCCGCUUGGACCCCUCGGGUUAUUCGGGGAUGGAGAGUCUUCAGCACCGUUAACAGUAAUGCCGUCAGUUGAGGAGAUGGCUUCUUUGCAAAGAAAAAGGCUGCAGGCAAGGAUUCUCAGCUCUGAAGAAGAAGAGAAAUUGAAAAGAGAUCAAGCUUUGGUGUCCGACUGUAAGCAGCAAAAACUGGAAAAAGAGGCUCAGAAGAACUGGGACCUUUUUUACAAAAGAAAUAGUACUAACUUCUUCAAAGGUAGACACUGGACCACCCGAGAGUUUGAGGAUCUCAGAUCACGUAGAGAAUUUGAAGAUCAAAAAUUGACUAUACUUGAAGCUGGCUGUUGGGACUGUUUAUUCCCAUUUUUGGAAGAUCAGAAUAUCUUUGCUUAUGCCUGUGAUUUUUUUCCAAGAGCAGUUGAAUAUGUCAAGCAAAAUCCUUUAUAUGACUCAGAAAGACACAAGGUGUUCCAGUGUGAUCUAACUAAAGAUGACCUUCUGGAACAUGUGCCCCCAGAAUCUAUGGGUGUUGUCAUGUUGAUAUUUGUACUCUCUGCUGUUCACCCUGAUAAGAUGCACCUUGUCUUACAAAAUAUUUACCAGGCAUUGAAACCAGGCAAAAGUGUCUUGUUUCAUGACUCUGGGCUGUAUGAUCACACCAUGCUUAGGUUUAAAGCUGGCAGCAAACUUGGGGAAAACUUUUAUGCUAGACAAGAUGGAACAAGAUCAUAUUUUUUUACUGAUGAAUUCCUGGCUCGGCUCUUUACGGACACAGAUUACGAAGAAGUGGUGAAUGAGUAUGUGUUUUGUGAGACGGUGAACAAAAAAGAAGGCCUGUGUGUGCUAAGGGAUUUUCCUUCAGAGCAAAUUCCGAAAAUGUCCUAA